AUGCCCCAGUAUGCCGACAGUCAAACGUUGCAGUGCAUGGUGUCGCUCGAUACGAGGUUGUUAAUGUCAGCUGUGAAGUUGAAGCCGAUCCACCGCAAGUGAAUUUCCGAUGGUCAUUGAAUAAUACCGUCGAGAACAUCGACAUUCCCUCUCAGACAACAGAGGGAACAGUCAGUACAAUAGUCUAUACACCGCGAACGAUGCUGGGAUAUGGAGCACUAUUAUGCUGGGCUAAGAACUCCAUUGGACAACAAAAAGAGCCUUGCAUAAUACGAAUUAUACCAGCAGGACCUCCCGAAUCUGUAAAAAGCUGUGUUGUAUCCAAUCAGUCAGUUUCGUUUCUGUUAGUGGAAUGCGAACCGGGUUACGACGGGGGCAUGAAACAAACUUACCAUCUUGAAGUCUACAAUUCUGUGGUAGAGCAUCUGCAAGCCAACAUUACCUCACAGGAAACUCCAGUAUUUGAAGUCAGCGAUUUACCCUCUGCUACGUCUUUCAUUUUAGUUCUUUACGCUUCUAACUCCAAAGGCAAGAGCAAUUCAGUGGCCUUGAUGGCUAAUACUCUAAUGCCAGCAGAAAGAAGAACAGAUGAUAAUACCCCUAAAGCACCUAACGAAGAAAGUGCCAAUGUCAGCCCUAUACUAGCUAUAUUAAUCGGAGUUGUGGCAGUAUUAGUAAUAGUUGCUAUAGCUAUAAUAAUCGUAAUGAAGAAACAAGGAAGAGACCCUGACAAAGGUCCUCCGGUACAGGAUAACGUCAUCAAAUGCGAAAUGCCCUUAAAGAAAGACACAGAUGACAUACCAGACUCAACAGUGGAAAGCCCUGACGUCAUUCCAAAUACUAAUGAAUCUCAAGUUUAUCUUGCUGACACUGGAGAAAUAACAGCGAAAGAUGAGACAACAUACGAAUUCUUCAAGUCCAAAGAUUAUCCAUAUGAUUAUAUAACAGCAGUUAGAUCUCAAAAGUCUGCUCCGAGAGAGGAAGAGAUCACGUAUGCUGAGUUAGCGCACAAGGAACAGCAGUGUCCAGCCGUCAAUCGCAUGCACCCACCCACAGAAUACGCAGAGCUUGAUUUCCAGAGGAGGAUAGGGCCUUACCAGUGGCCUCCGUCGACCAGGCAAGAGACUGUAACGCGUACGUCUUUGGAGGCUGGAGAGUUUCCCCUAACUGGAAGCUCAUCACACAAGAGCAAAGAGAGCUUACACAUUCCUGAAACAACAACCGAAACGACGCCUUUGUGAGAUUAAAUUAACUUAAUAGAGGUGAUGGAAACUGUAUACUCAAAACCACAUUCUGCCAAAGUUGUAACAUUUGAAAGGUGGACAUACAUGUGAAACGUUGAAUAUUUUACAAAAAGGAGAAAGACAUGCGUCGAAAUGCUCACCUUAUCUUCAGAGAUCCCGUCCUAUGAAGAUGAUUAUGUGACUGAGAAGUACUAAUGACCAAUAAUGGAUCAUGGAACCAUGUUUUGCUCACUAAUACCACCGGCAUGUACUUUACUUCAAGCUUAAAGUGAAGACGAAUAUUUUACAGGCUCAGGAAUGUAACUUGAAGUACUUAUUCUGCCAUGGGCACCCUAGACGUGAUAAAUGUUUAUGAUUGUUUACUUUAUGCGUGACGUCAUGCUAAGAAGAAAGUUCAUUACAGUUUACACAAUUUAGUAUACAAGAUCCUUUAAUGACUUAUUCGAAAAAACAAUGAUACAUACUGGCUUUUGAACAAAAUACCUACGUGAUUUCAGUGAACUGACUAGCAUUCACAAAUGUUUAACAUAAUCACAAUUCAUUUUAGUACAAGGAUACAUUAAGUGCAUUUAAAUCAGAUUUCAGAAAGAAAUUUUUCUCUGAAGGAAUGUUUUAAAAAAGUACGCUCUGCAAUUUUAAUUCAUUGAAUGAUUCGUAAAAGGCUUUGACACUGCAAUUUUGCUAGUUCGUUGUUUUCAGUGAGAUUGCUCUAAAUUACGACUGUAUAAAAAUAAAAUGGUUACAAUAAUGCUCAAGGUAAAAAAAAAAAAAAAAAAAAAAACUAUUCAGAGGAUUAUCACACUAUGUAUAUAAUAAUCAUUUAGUGUUCAUUCAGUUCAAUCAAUUUUUAAGAUUUUGUACAACAUGCAUUUGUCAUUUCCAUCAAUUGUUAUAAAGAAUAUUUUAUUCA